AUGGACUCGCUCGCGUGGGUUGUCGCAUUGGUGAUGAUGCUAGCAGGAGCUGGCUACGUGUUGGUGAAACAAAGAGAGAAAGACAGUAGACAAGCACUGAUGGCACAAAAGCAAAAUGAGAAACUAGCACGCCAGGAAUUUCAUGCACUAAACAGCAAGAAAGCUAAAGGCAAGACCAAGAAGAAAGUGGACGUGACGGCGGACCUUAAGAAAAAGUCGCAGAAUUUCGCAUUGCAAGAUGAUGAUCAAGAUCACCCAAGCUUGAUAACUGUGCUAAGGGGUCAUAAAUAUGGUGUUACAGCCGCUGCUUACAGCCCCAAUGGCCGCUUUGUAGCCACCGCCAGUUCAGACCGAUCGAUCCGCCUAUAUUUCCGUGAUACGCUUAAGGAUAAAAAUCCGAAGCUACACAACAUUAAAAUUGAUUACGAUCAUGUAACAGCCAUGAACUUUAGCUCGGACGGACGCAGUUUUGUCGUUGCUACAGAGAGCGGCAAUAUUAAAGUUUAUCAAAAGUUACGUGUCAAGCCGCAAAUUGUGACAGAAUUUCCUAUUUCGCACAAGGCGGACGUGCACUCGGUGCUCAUGAAUGAUAUUGGCAACUGGGCAACAGUUAUCACGUGUGCGGGUGACUCGGACACAGAUGUUAAGUUCUGGAACUUAAAUGGCGAAUUGCUUCAAGUAGUUAAUACGAAUCAAGUGACUAAUUAUCAUUGUGUCGGAUCCAAAGACAAUCGGUACAUUGCGGUCGCAGCGUACACACCUGAAGUCAAGAUUUACGAGAUUGUUCGUGAGAGAACUGGUGCCUUUAAAAAGGUCCAGAAAAUCAUGACGCUGCAUGGACAUAGGACAGGUGUGGUGGACCUUGCUUUCAAUGGCUCAGAUACGCUUCCAGUUGAUCGCGUCGUAACUAUCUCCAAGGACGCUUCACUUCGUGUAUGGGAUAUCAAUGUGCGAUACACUGUACAAGAAGAUCCCAAGGUAUUGUCGUCCUUUAAUGUUAGUGAAGGUGAAGCAUUCCAGGCUACCGACUUUGCUCCAAAUGGAAAGAUGCUGGUCAUGGUGCGAGGCAAGGACCUUGUAUUUAUUCGGAUCAGCGACAACAAAGUGUUCUCGACAAUUAAGAACGCGAUCGAAGAUCUGAUUAAGCGUGCCACGUUUUCUCCUGAUGGAAGCGAGGUGCUUGUGCUGGGAAAGAACUGCAAACACGUCAAAAUAUACAAAACGCCCGAGCUUUAA